GAACUGUGUAAGUGUGAAGUGUGUAAAAAGUGUACACACACCCCGCUCUUCUCGACGUCGUUUUCCCCGCCGAUUCAAUUUUUGAAUUUCUGUACGACAAUAUAUCUCCAAUAAUUUCUUUGCAACCAAAACAGCCUUCCAAACAUAUCUGAAGUUAAGUUUCAGUAUCAAUUGUUCUUGCUUCUCUCUAAUUUUAGUUGAAGAAAACCCAGUACAGUAAACCCCAGAAACCUGUACUACUCUAUAAUUAAUCAAUGGCGAAACCCGAAUCGUCUUUUCCCCUCGACUCUUCGAAGAAUGAGAAUUUGGCUCCAACUCAGUCCAAACUCACGGAAUUGAAUGAAUCGAGAACAGAGUUGUUGAGUAGGAUACAGAGUUUGAAACAGGAUUUGCAAAAUUGGAGGUCCAAGUUAGAUACUCAAGUUCAGAGCCAUCGGAAUGAGCUGGUAGAGCUCAGGAAAUCUCUGGAUGUUGAAGUGGGUCAACUUCGAUCAGAAUUUCAAGGCCUGAGAACAACUCUGCAGCAGCAACAGGAGGAUGUGACUGCUAGUUUGAGAAACCUGGGGCUGCAGGAUCCUCCAAACGAUGCUGGAACAGUUACACACAAGGUCAAUAAUGAAAACUAUGAUGCUGAAGCUAUCGAAUCCGGACAUCCAAAUGACAAAACUAAUGCAGAAGAGUCUACAGGAAAAGGAGACGGCUCGGAAGCUGCUCUUUCUUCUGCAACCGAGAUGGGUGGAGUUGACAUUAACCAGUAAAUUGACUUAUGCUCGUGCAUGUGGUUGUAUUUAUUAAUAGCAUGAGCUCCAUGUUCUUUCAUAGUGUAAGUUGUAUAUGAAGUUGGUAGAUCACUAGAUCUAUUAGCCUCAUGGUGGAGUUUUCAGGUAGUACUGUAAUAUUAUCCUUUAAUACAACAAAUUCACUACCAUACUUAUUCUAUGCUGUUGCAAGGAAACAUAUAAGACCUAACAGGGUAACUCUUGACCAAUCCUUUGGGAUUGGCUUGAUCCAAUGCCCGGUUCUUUUUUACAUA